CCCAAGCUAUAGUAAAGGAACGAGAUAAUUUAUCUUUACCCGAAUUAACUUGUUUUGAAUUUAAUUCUGAAAAUGAGAAUUCUGAUAAACAACAAAAUAGAAAUACUAGCAAACCUUCCAAACCUCUUCAUUUAAUUAAAGAUUGUCCAACUUGGUUAUUUAAAUUGAAAGAUGCAAUUAUAUGGUUAGAAGCAAAUUUAAAAAUUGCUAGAAAUUCAGAUGAUAAAAAAGAUGGUCAAAAACUCAGACACUAUUUACCUAAUGAAAGUGAAUGGAAGUUAAUUAGAGAGCUAAUUAAAAUUUUUGAACUAUUUGAUCAAGCAACAGAGGCGUUUAGUGCUGAAAAAUUUCCUACAUUGUCAAUUGUAUAUCCUACUAUUGAAGUUUUAAAACUUGAGUUUUCUACAUAUAUAGAUUCGAAUUUAGCUGAAGAUAUUUUCAAUAAAUCUGAAUUAAACAUAGAUAGUGAUAGUGAUAAUGAAGAUAACCUUACCAAUUUACCAGAAAUAUUUGAUAUCGAACUAAUAAUUAAUGAUGUUAAAAAUGCUAUUUAUCAUUCACUUUGGAGAUAUUGGGAUAAUCUAAGUAAUAUAGGUCUUUUAGCAACUUUGUUAAACCCAAGACUUAAGCAAAUGCGACCUUGGCCUGCUUAUUUAUGUGAAGAUACAAUUAAA